AUGAAGAGAAGUGACCUUGAGAUUGCAAUAUGUGAGUGCUGUGGGCUGACAGAGGAGUGCACGGAGGCUUAUGUGGCGUGUGUUCGAGAGCGCUACCAGGGGUGGUGGAUAUGCGGGCUGUGCGCAGAGGCAGUGAAGGAUGAGAUUGUGAGAUCAGAGAAACGGAUUGGAAAUGAGGAGGCUUUAAAUCAGCACAUGAGUUUUUGCAAGGAAUUUAAGAGUUUAAGGCCACCUAAGAAUUCAACUGAGGAACUCAUUUCUGCUGUCAAGCAGCUGCUUCUGAGGAGCUUAGAUUGUUAUUGA